GAACACUUCUUUUUUUUUUCCCUCCCUCUCAGAGCUCAAUUUAUUUAUAGUCUCACUAUAUAUAUAUUCUCCACAGUCCAAUGAAACUUGAAAAAAAAAGGGUUCCAUCCAAUAUUUUUUAUUAAAUUUUUAAUAUUUCUGGCUUUACUUUCUUUUAUCGGUGAAGAGUAAUCUUCAAAACCAGCCUUUCCAGCAACACCCAGUUGCUAAAAUCUUUCAUUUUUUCCUUUCUUUAAAAAAAAAAAAAGAAUCUUUUUUAUUUUCAAGCUGUCAUUAUCUGAAGGUAAAAUAUAUUUCCUAAAGAAAAAAUAUUUGUAAUUUAUAUAUUUGCAUUCGUUGAUAAUGAUACCAGAGAAUUUACAGUGAAAGAACUCUGCUUUUUUGUCUACUUCUCUCUUUGUUGAAGUUCUACUUUACAUGAAACAUGCCUCCCCACAUUCUCUCAGUUUGUCUUUAAAUCUUCAGACUUCAGGAAAAAAGUUUCGUUGAUGGGUGUCUUCAGUUUAUUUAAAAAAAAAAAAUGCUCUGUCCUAUAUCAAAUCAAACCCUAGACAACCGGUUUUUUGAGGCAGUUUUUAAUAACUGGUCAGUUUAAGGUAAGGGCUCACUUCUUUUACUCUUUGUUUCUGUUCCUUUUUUUUUUCAAAGUUUUAAUUGUGUAUUUUUUAGGUUAUAAUAGUUGAAACAAGAGAAAAAAAAAAGUUGAAUUUUAAGGAUUUGCAGUAGAAAAGAAAAAAAAUGAGGGAUUUUCCAUCUUGUUUUGGUGAAAAUGGAGUGCAAGUGGCUGAUUCUUCAUCAUCAUCAUCAAGUAGUAGCAAAAAUGCACAGAAUUUGGUUACUUGUGUUUAUCAAUGUCGAAUUCGGGGUAGGACUUGUUUAAUAACUGUUACUUGGACCAAGAACUUGAUGGGGCAAGGCUUAAGUGUAGGGAUUGAUGAUUCUGCAAAUCAAUGUCUUUGUAAGGUUGAUAUAAAGCCUUGGUUGUUCUCUAAGAGAAAAGGGUCUAAGAGUUUAGAAGCAUAUUCUUGUAAAAUAGAUGUAUAUUGGGACCUUUCUUCGGCUAAAUUCGGAUCCGGGCCUGAACCUUUCGAGGGGUUUUAUGUUGGUGUUGUUGCUAAUAAGCAAAUGGUUUUGCUUCUUGGGGACAUGAGUAAAGAAGCUUGUAAGAAAACUGGUGCAACUCAUAUCCCUUGUAAUGCCAGUUUAGUGGCUAAGAAAGAGCAUGUUUUUGGGAAGAGGGUAUUUGGUACCAAGGCGCAGUUUUGUGAUAAUGGUCGAAUUCAUGAUCUGAUAAUUGAAUGUGACGCGGUUGGUAUGAACGAUCCUUGCCUUAUAAUUCGUGUGGAUGGAAAGGCUUUGAUGCAAGUGAAGCGGCUGCGGUGGAAGUUCAGAGGGAACCAUACCAUUUUGGUCGAUGGAAUGGCUGUAGAAGUUUACUGGGAUGUGCAUAAUUGGCUCUUUGGAACAUCACUCGGUGGAAGUGCCGUUUUUAUGUUCAAAACAUCCAUUGUAGCGGAAGAGAAGUUGUGGUUUAGCCAAAACAUUGCCAGUCCGAGUUCCUUGCAGUGGUCGUUCUCGCAGAGAUUUCAAGAUUCCAAGUCGCAGAAUCUGGGCUUUUCAUUGAUUUUGUAUGCUUGGAAGAAUGAGUAGAGAGAUUGUGAAAUUCUUCUCGACUCUCAAAUGCUAACAAAAAAGCUUUUAGCGAGUGGUGAUUUUUGUCUGCUCUGUUAGUUACAAUUAAUUUGAUUAAUAGUUGGUACAUUUGUGUUUAUGUUCAUCUUCUGUUUUUUGACCUCGAGUUAACUCAACUUGAGCUAUUAAUGUAUCAAAGACGAUUUUUUCUGUUCUUAGUUGGCUGUAUAUCCUCGAUACAUUAAAUUUAAUCCUCAAUUUUGUUUUAUGAAAAAAAAUCUUCAAUGGAUGGUUGUUCGAAUCUUCUUUUAGCUGCAGUUUGAGCCGGUUUGGUGCACACGUUGACUAGCCAGGCGGAAAUCUCCUCGAAUCGUCACCAUGAUAACCAUGGGAAUCUUUGACAUUGACUGUCAAAAUGCUCGAUGGAUGCAUUGAGAUGUAGGAUUAGUUCAAUAUGCCCUCUUUCUCGAAUGGACCAGUUCAAUAGCUUUCGUGGUCGGAAUCACUUAACCAUUGUCUUAGUAUUAGCUAUGAAACUAGUUUAGCUUCAUAACUUCUUUUUGCAGAAACCCGAGCCGGAUCAAAUCCCUCUCUCGAUAGCAGCACAGUCUUGAUAGAUUGCAAAGUAUGGUAAGAAAAAUUUGCUGAGAAUUUUACCCUGUAAAAGCUUUUUAAACUGUUGAAACUCUUUAGAGCCGGAUCCAGGCUCACUGGUGCCGGCUUCCUUGUUCGACUGAAGUUCGGAAAUCAUCUGUGCCAUGUUCAGAUGUUGGGAAGGUUAUUUAUAAGUUGUCGCGCUGCAACAGUAAGCAAUGAAGCUAAUUGAAGUCUUCAUGUUGAUUGAGUAUCAGUCUUUAUCACACAAUUUCUAAUGCUAUAUAGAAUUUCCAGUACAUGCAAAAUCAGCAAUGUAAAUAAUAUAAUUAUUAUGAAAUUGAUGUUAUCUUUUUAUAUAAAA